AGCCGCCGAGCGGGGGGGGCGGCCGCGCACGAGCCGCGGCUCGCGCCGCGCGGCGGGCACGGCCACAGCUGCCCAUGGGCCUCGACGGCGUCCAGGCUCGCGGCCGCUACCAAGGCGUCGACGCCGCGUGCGGCUCCGCGGCCGAGGGUCUCUGGGAGCGGGGCGGCCUGGAGGCGGAGCGGGCCGCGCUCGAGGCCGCCACGGCGCGCCUGGCCGCCGCGCUGUCGGAGAGCGCCUCGCGGCGGCGGGCGCUCCCCGAGGGCCCCCCGGCGGGGCCCCCGCCGCCCGCGGCGGGCUCGCUGGAGCGGGCGGCCUCCUCGCGGGCCCCGGGAGAGCUCCUGCGGCAGCCGCAGGCUGUCCGGCGGGUGCCGGGGGCUCCCCUCGAGCUGGAGGCCGUCGGGCGGGCGGAGGCUCGCGCGCGGCUCCUGGCUGCAGCUUCUGGGCAGCCUGCUGCUCUGGGAGACCUGGCGCGGCUCGCUGCGGCGUGCGCGGCCGCCGGGGGCCCCGAGGCCGCCCGGGCGAGCGCGGGCGCCGGAGGGCCUCCGCCGCCGAAGUCGCGCGCGCUCCGCGACGUCGACGCGGGCCUCGCGGAGCUGCAGCGGCGGCUGCCGCCGCGGUGGUGAGCCCCGCGCGCCGCGUGCGCUCCCCGCUCGCCCCCCCCCCCCGGCGCGUGGCCUUCGGCCGCGCACCGGGCCUCUCGGAGGAUGGCGCCGCAUCGCCGCUGCA